AACGAACUAGCUAAGACUUUUCUUUUAUAACUUCAUCUCAAAGCCACUCUUUCCUUUCUCGAAGAGGAGUUGGUGAUGGCUACCAUCAUACCUAUUCGUUUAAGUUGUUACUAUUUCCUCCUAUCUAAUUUCUGAUUCUUUUCUAAAGCCAACCUUUUUUGAUAACUUUCUUUACCAAACAUUUACCAUGUUUUAAACCAAAACCUUUUUUUGUGAAAAAAGUUUGUCAAGUCGUUCUAACCCCCACGUUUUCUCUUUGUCGAAGUCCAAAUUCAAGGGAGAGUAGUAUUAUUGAACUUUUCUUCUUAUACUGCUCGGUUAAUAUAUAUAUCUUUAAAUCUCAACAGCCAAGUAGUCAACACAGUAUUAUAUUUUUAUUUUUAUUUUUUUUUGGUCGAAAGUAUUAUAUUUUCUUUUAUUUCACUUUAACUUGUCGAAUCAAAAUUUGGUGUGUUUUGGUUAGUUAAUAACUUACUACUGAACUAAACACAAUCCAAUCCAUUUAUUAAUUUUAUAACCAAACGUUCCAACCCCAUUAAAACCAAAAUAUCUUUCUCUAUAUAUAUUUAUAUCAAAGCUUUUCCCUCCACGCCAUCUUCCAUAUCCAAAAUAAUCUCACCAUGCAUCAUCAUCAUCCAUGCAAUCUCAAACCCAUCACCUUCUUCUUUCUUAUUUAUCUCCAUCUCCAUAUCCCACAAACCAUCCAAGCUCGAAACCCAUCUCAUUUCACGAUCAAACCAUCACGACACAACGUCAAUAUACCGGAAAUAAAACGUCACCUCCACCGGUUCGGUUACCUACAACACAACAACAACAACGUCUCGUUCGAGCAAGCUCUCUCUCGCUACCAAAAAAAUCUCGGUCUACCGAUGACCGGGAAACCAGAUUCCGACACGUUGUCACACGUUCGGUUACCAAGAUGCGGAUUCCCUGAUGACGUGGACCCCAAAACGCCGCCUUUUCACACAAAACAAAAAUACGUGUAUUUCCCCGGAAGGCCCAGGUGGACAAGAGACAACAUCCCACUGCAGCUCACCUACGCCUUCUCGCAGGAGAACCUCACCCCUUAUCUAACACCAACGCAAAUACGGCGCGUGUUCCGACUCGCUUUCGCCAAGUGGGCUUCGGUGAUCCCCGUGAGCUUCGUCGAAACAGAGGACUACGAGAUCGCCGACAUCAAAAUCGGAUUCUUCGCCGGAGAUCACGGCGACGGAGAGCCAUUCGACGGUGUUUUGGGCGUUUUAGCGCACACUUUCUCGCCGGAAAACGGUAGGCUUCAUCUAGACAACGCAGAGACGUGGGCCGUCGAUUUCCACGAGCAGAAAUCGACGGUUGCCGUUGAUCUGGAAUCUGUAGCUGUGCACGAGAUAGGUCACGUGCUUGGGCUGGGCCACAGCUCGGUGAAAGACGCGGCUAUGUACCCAACUUUAAAGCCCAGAAGCAAGAAAGUGGAUUUGAACGUUGAUGACGUCGUUGGAGUACAGUCUUUGUACGGAACUAACCCAAAUUUCAACUUAAGUGGUUUACUUGCGUCGGAGACUUCGACCAAUCUAGCUGCUGAUGGCAAGUUGGUUCGGUCCGAAGGUAUAAUCUAUUCGACCUUGAGUACUCUUCUCGUUCUCGGUUUUUUGAAUCUGUAGGUUCAUCAUAUAGAUUAUACAAAUUUACAUCGAUUUAGUUCAAUCUCAAAAAUGUAUAGAACCAUAGAGACACAUGGAAUGGAAUACAAUUAAGUUGUCUUGUUUUAUUUUAUAUGCUCAAGAAUGUUGGGUGUAUUACGUUUCCUGUAAAGUGGACACGCAACAACUAUGAGGCCCAUUUAAAAAUGGUUAUGAUGCUAACGGCCGAGUAGAUUGUCACAACGUGAGUAGCUGAAAUUAUACAGACCACAAGCCCUUAGCUAACACAGUUCGUUGGAACUUA